AUGCCGAAAGAAUACAAGCAAAAAUGCCGCGAUGUGUGGCUUAAAAGUGAUGAGUUCAAGGCAUGGAUUCGCAGGGAUGAUACAGACCAGCAGAGGGUUUACUGCAACUAUUGCAAGAUCACUAUCACAGCGAAACUGAGUGACCUGCUACCGGAUAAUUUUAAAAUUCUUAAACAGAUUGAUGUUUUUUCGGUCACCAAGAUAUUGUGCGCGGUGAAGAAAGACAUCACAGAUAUUUUAGAGUUCCUGCAAUCUUUUUUCUCCAUUCUUCCCGUCAAAAACAGCUUUCUUUCUUGGUCAAAAGUUGGCAGCUCUGUUUAUUGCUGGCAAUAUUAA